UGGUCGAACCAGCUCUUACGUGGUCACUUUUGAUCAUCUCCGGACAGGAAGCAUUGUUGAAGUGCAUGACAAUCUUUUUCAUCUAAUAAACUCAGCUGUGGUACUUUUCUCAGAGGUCACGUGGGACUGGAGCUAGACUUGAGGCAAUAACAGAACUGAGGAUGUAUGGUUAGACUGCUGGGAUUGUGUGCAUACCCUUUCUCCUGUUGAAGCUGGUAUUAGAAGAUUUUAGCAUUCAUUGUUUUCAUAUUCAGAUUAUGAUAAACACGACACUCUACAUGGCAAACAAUUCAUCAUGUGUAACUACGACCCAGUCGUCAAAUCACCUGCUGAUGUCCAUCUACAUAAUCGCAUUCAUCCUGGGCCUGCUGUUCAACCUGGUCACCAUUGGUCCUAUUAUCCAGCAAAUCCGCAAAAAAAACAUUGUAGGGAUCUACCUACUCGGCCUGUCCAUCUCUGAUCUCCUAUACAUUCUCACCAUGCCUCUGUGGAUCCAUUAUUUUAGCAACAACCACAAAUGGACACUAAAGCAGGAACUAUGUAGCCUCGCUGGCUUCUUUUACUAUUCAAACCUUUACAUCAGCAUCUUUCUCCUCUGCUGGAUCUCCAUUGAUCGCUGCCUGGCCAUCACCUUCCCAUUGCGAGUCCAAGCCUUCCGCCGCCAACGGUAUGCCUGGAUUAUAUGCGGGUUGGUCUAUGUUUUUGUGAUGGUCUUGCACUGUCUGGUUCUAGUCAAGGACAAGGUGCCAGAUCCACUGAUGAACGAGAGAUGCUAUGAGACCUUUCCCAUGACCUCCCCCAUUGCCCUUUUCAAUCUGAUACGGGUAGCCAUUGGUUUCCUUUUGCCACUUGUGGUCAUCACAGUCUGCUACUGGUUGAUCCCAAACAAGGUGCAACAAAGCAGAGGAGUGGACGAACAGGGCAAGCGCAAAGUUAGGCUUCUGUCUAUGGGAAUUAUAGGGAUUUUCUCUAUUUGCUUUGCCCCAUACCAUAUUCUCCUGCUGCUACGAUCCAUUGCCUUCUUCUCUCUGGGGGAUAAAAAUAGCUGCACAUUUGAACAAGCAAUAAAUUUACCGUUUACUUGCUCCCUAGCCCUGUCCAGCCUUAAUAGCGUGGUAGACCCAGUGGUCUAUGUGUUGGCCAGUAAUGGAGUAAGGGAGGACAUACGUUGGUGUUGUUGGAAAAGCAGGCCGAGACAGGAAACAGGAAGCCCACUUGUUGAUACAAAAUGUAAGACCAGAGUAAUCUGUUUGUCCUAAGGCCAACCACAGGUUUUAGAAAAGAUUUAAUUGUGCCUACUGAGAGGGUGAUUUAUUGGCAUAUGCUUUCUGCAUUGUUUUAGCACCUGAUUCACAAACAGACCCCAAAAUUUGGUGCUGAGCGAAAUUUGCACAGCACAAGUCCUACUCUUUCAGGCUGGUUCUGAGUGCUCAGUUAUAGAGGAUGCAGCAGACUAUAGCAAUCUGCUGUGUUUACCGGGACUGUAGAGCAAUUAGGGUUGCUGACUUUUCCCCACAUGAAUAUGGGACACUUGAGCAUCUCGCCGCCACAAUAUACGACAAUAGGUGUCUUUAUUUCGGCCAAAAUAUGGGACAUUCUGCCUAAUGUAGGACAGCUGACAACCAUAACAGCAUCACAAUCCACAAGGCACCUCAAAUGACUCUUUAAAAUUCCGAAAAUGUGGGUGGGUGGUAACAGCAAUAUUUUAUUGUGGCAGGCUAAUAGCACUGAGUUUUGUGAACAAGGUGCAUUCUAUAAUGAGCCAACUUUGCAUAUAAAGGAGGUGCGUUUGCUCUGAAAAGAAUGACAAUGACUUAAUUUACUGUAAACACUCUUGGUGCAGCACUAUUUCGGCUCGUUUAGCACCUGGUUAAAUUGGAUUGUGGGUAGUUGGUGGAUAAGAUGCCAGUUUUUGUGCUGGAUGUAAAAGUGUCGCAAUUAUUUAGUCAUCGAUGUGUGCAAAUGUUUGUACUCAACUCCAUUGGACUCCAUUCUGUCCAUUUUUAUAUAUAUAAAAAAAGCUUGCAAAAAGAAUAAUUUCUCUUUUUUUUUAUUGAGAUGAGGGAUAUGUCACUGUGUCCUUGCAAGCAUCAAGAGGAUGUUUACAAAAUGUACUUUCGGAUUUGCGGUGUAGUAGAAAACAGGAUCUCUGGCUUUGAAGGACCCUUUAAUCACUUGAACUUUCUGUGUUGGAGCCAUACUCAGCGUACUAAUUGUUGUUAUUGUGGGUAAAAGCUUUACUUGUUUGACCUGUUUAAUUCACAGACUACUCCAUGUAAUUUACUGUAAAAACAAGAUUUAACCGUUAAAGAAGAUUUAAUCUAUCUGGAAAUGUAAUCUAAUCUAUCAAAAAACAACCAGUUGCAAUGUUAACUAUUUAGUUGUUUUUCACACAUUAUAUUAUGCUCAACAAAUGUCCACAUUUUCUCUCCUGUAAUUUACCAUUACUUAUGUCACAUUCAGGGAAGUGAUGCUUCAAUUACAGCUCUUUAAAGGAAGUGAAAAAGAUUAGUGUUUGUUUCAAGGGGAGGGACACAUAUAUCAUCUGGUACUGUAGUGUAAUCAUGAUGCUUUCUAAGGGGAGAAAGCAGCCAUUAUGACACUGCCAAGUGCUCUUGGGCACUAAUGAGGCAGAGCAUUUUGGUAGCAACUGCUAUUGCCCACGAUACACUUUGUACCGUUUCAUUCACCCAUGUUCCACUGGCAUGAUUGCCUCUAUACGUGAGUGCCUCUCAUGUGACUGCACUCAGAUGUAAGUCGGUGAGCUAGAGUGGCCAUUGUGCUCUACUGUAAAAUGCCAUGGACCAAAUGAAUGGAGUGAUUUCGAAGUGUGAACGAAGCAAUGAAUUGCAGCUUUGAGUACCUUAUCUGCAGUUUAAAUGCUUUAAAUGACUGCUAAAUUUCACCUGUUGCCCUAGAAUCCACCGUGCCAUUCCAGGAAUAUGGAAAUGGGAUGUUAUUUAGUAUCAGAACUGACUUGUUUGUGUAAUGAGUAGGAAUGCAACCAUUAUUAAUCAUUAAUUGUUAUAAACUGUUAACGGACAAGCCUUAAAUCAACGAUGUGACCCAGCAGACAUGCAGAUUUCUGAGUAAUGGUGUUACGUAAUUAUGAUGCAAAAAUGUAACUGUAUUCCAUUACAAUUACAUAAAAAAUAUAUAUAAUUGGAUUAUUAAACAUUUAAGAUUUUUUAUUAGCACUAUUACAAAAAAGCAACUGAGCGCAACAGUCUGGUUCUGGAAGUGAAAAAAAAAAACUUUUUUCCAUAGACAAACUAAUAAACCUUUAAAGACAGACAUACCAUGAGCUUUGAAGUUCGGAGUUUGGAGCAAUUUGGAGGCUACUGUCGCUCUAACAUUUAAUGUAAUUUUUACUCCACUGUUGGUUAGGUUUAGACAAGGUUAGGUUUAUUUUAGUUACAACUAAAAAUACAUCUCACUUUUUGUACCACUCUUUGGACAUUUUACCCAGAAACUGGAAAUGAUUCAAAUUUCAUUAAGCACAGACCAAUUUUAGCAGCAAAACUUUCUGCUUACCUAGUUAUGUUGUUUUUUUCACACAUGGCCAAGAACAUUUCUGCUGGGUUCAUUAUAGCACCCUGAUAGUCUAUAUUGUUUCCUUCAUUAAUAACCAUAUUGUGUCACAAUAGAGCUAAUUUAGGUUAUUCUUCAUUACACAAUAUGCAGACUGUUGAGGUCUCACCGCAGCAGGAAGUCUGGAGGGAUUUCGAUGUGCCCAGCACAGAACAUUGUGUCUGCAUUGCUUUCCUCAAGCAAUUGAUUUUUUUUACCUUCCUGAGAUGCAGACACCAGAUGGAGGCAUGUUCUUGUAUGAGGUGGAACCUGUAAUUGCAUCAAAAUGCAAAUAAUUGAUUUUAUAUAACUACGGUCUGGUUGGGUGAAUCUUAUGAAAACAUGUCCUGGUCAUAGCUCAUCCCAGAAUCAAAAAACAAAUAAUAAUUAAAUAUUAUGUAUACAGAAUAUGAAGCCUAUAAUUGGUACCACUAAAUUGUGACAUUUAUGACAACAAAACACAUAUACUCUCCCAAAUUAUCAUUACUGUAUGCAUACUGUAUUACUGUAUAUACUAUAUAUAUAUAUAUAUAUAUGACAUGAGACAAAGAUCAAGGGAACAUAUGAGAGAGAUAAAGGCAAAGAUUGGCUACACUCUUGACAAAUCGCAUGACAGUUUCAUAAGCUGCUAAAAAAAAAAAAAAUCAAA